AGCUGCAACACUGAUAGUUUACCCUUUUCACAUUUCAGUGAGUUUCCCAACAACACAUCGAUGAUGCAGCAGCGUCUGUUCAUACUCCUGUUCCUCACAGGAUUUAUCCCUCUUUUCCUGGCUGUCCCUCGUAAGUACUACCUGAUCAAACCGGGUAAAACAUGGAGUGAAGCACGAGCUUACUGCCAAGCCACACAUGCCGACCUGGCUAUCAUGGAAAGUAAUGAGAACAUGGUCCAACUUCAGAUUGAAACACAGAUUCAACAGUUCAGUUCCAGUGCUUGGAUUGGACUGUACAAUGACCUCCACAGCUGGCGCUGGUCCAUGGGAAAUGAGCCACUGGGAAGUACGGCAUUCUGGGGUUCAGGACAGCCUAACAACUUGAACAACAAUCAGGAUUAUGUUGGGACAGGCCCAGGGGAUUGGAAUGAUCUUGGAAAUACAGAUAUGCGUCCCUUUGUGUGCUUUGAUGGUAAGGAACAGCAUAUGUUUAUCAUUUUGUCAGUCUGGAAGGUUGUCAUUAAAACAUUGUAG